AUGCUGAGGAGACGUAACCUUCUUACCACGCUCCUGAUCGCCUUGCCAUGGGCUCUUCUCCUCACCUUGUGGCACCAGUACCCAACCACCCGCUACCUCAGCCUGCUGAGAAAAGAGAUAGAUGAGAACGUGACCUCUAAAGCUCUCCUCAAUGGUACAUCUGCACUGAGAGAAGAAGGCCUCCCAUCAUGCAUUCGGCAGCAGCAAAGCAUAGGGGCAGCAACACCUAAAGUCAUUCAGAAUUAUGUGUACUCCAGGCCUCCCCCGUGGUCAGACACCCUGCCAACCAUCUUUGUUAUCACCCCUACCUACACCCGGCCAGUGCAAAAAGCUGAGCUGACCCGUCUGGCCAACACCUUCCUCCACGUCCAGAACCUGCACUGGGUGGUGGUGGAGGACUCGCCCCGGAGGACCAACCUUGUAUCCAACCUGCUGGAGAAGGCAGGGCUCAACUUCACCCACCUCAAUGUGGAGACGCCCAAGAGUCUGAAGCUGGGUUUGUCCUGGAUCCCAUCCCACACUCCACGGGGGACACUGCAGAGGAACCUGGGGCUGCACUGGCUGAGGGACAGCUUCAGCAACACUGCACCACCAGAAGGAGUAGUGUAUUUUGCCGAUGAUGAUAACACCUACAGCCUGGAGCUCUUUGAAGAGAUGCGCUACACGAGGAGGGUGUCAGUCUGGCCGGUGGCUUUCGUUGGGGGGCUGCGCUACGAGUCCCCAAAAGUGAGCCCAGCAGGGAAGGUGGUGGGCUGGAAAACGGUCUUUGACCCUAACCGGCCCUUUGCUAUUGACAUGGCUGGAUUUGCCAUCAGCAUCAAGCUGAUUUUGGAGAAGCCUCAGGCCAGUUUCAAGCUGGAGGGAGUUAAAGGAGGCUACCAGGAAACCAGUCUGCUGAAGGAUCUAGUGACUAUGGAGGGGCUGGAGCCCAAAGCAGCCAACUGCACAAAGGUGUUGGUCUGGCACACAAGAACUGAGAGGCCCACCCUGGUUAAUGAAGGCAAACGUGGAUUUACAGACCCCAGAGUAGAGGUAUAA